AUGAAGCGGUUCUUUGAGAGGGCAUCGAAGCCUUUCUCAUUGCCAAAUGCAUCCAAAGCGAACGAUGCUGCAGAGACAGCAUCUGCGCCAGCACCAGCACCAGCGACGGCGGCGACGAGUGCUAGUACAGGGCCCAGUGCCAAGUUACCAUCUAGCAACCAUGCAAAUCUGCCCGGGACGACUGGUACCACCGGGCUUCACCCAAGAUAUACGCUGCCUGCAGUAGCUCAUCCGUGUCCGCACAGCCAUCUCGCGCUGCUGGCCACCAAGGAUGGACUGCUGAUUCGACCGCAUGUAAAGGGUCAAGCGACAAUAGCUCAAUCGGCAUAUAUCAAAAUAUCGUGGGGGAAGACCAUCCGGAUCGAGGAGAUUGAGACCGUUGUUGGAGAUGGGGCAGAGGAGACGGUGGAUUGGAAAGAUGGUGUUGUGGUUUAUGGGAUCGUUGGGAUAUUGGAGCUCUAUUCAUGCUCGUAUCUGCUGGUUAUCACUUCACGCACUGAAGUCGGGCAUAUCAUCGACCCUCGACAUGAAGUUUAUGGAGUCAAGGGCGUUACUGACAUUCCUCUGGUGGAGGACCGUGCCAAAAUGGCUUUGAACACUCUGGCAGCCAGAAAUGUUGCCCUUACACGACCAUCUCUAAUUCCAAGGCGUCAAGGUACCGACGUCAGUGUUGAUGUCGAUGAUGAUCAGAACAGCAAGCCUGAUCCUGAAAGCUCUACUAAACCCUCACCUCGCGUUCAAUUUCUUUCAAAUCCGGCCAUUAAAUUUUUGACACCCAAGGCACUAUCAAGCACAAAUCUUGACGCCGGAAACUCGAUAGCGCGUCCUUCAUCUGCGCAAUCGACUGUCUCGGAUAUUUCUACUCCAAGCUCAGAGGCCUCUGUCGCUACAUCGCCGGUUAUCAAGACAUUGGCUUCGCGACUUUCGUUCUGGAGUAGGCUUUCGAAAAGGACGAAUUCUCCUAUAGAUGCAAAUUUUCCACCAAUCGAGCCAAUGUCUCUUACCGAGGAACAGGAAGUCCUCGAUAACCUAAUGCAAGACGGGAAGGAAGAGCCUGCUGCAGUGAUCGAGAGCAUCCUUUCUUCGACUGCUCCUCCUCCGGUUACUACAGAAGAACGACAUUCAGAACUAGAAACCAAAGUGAUUCGCGAAACUAUCAGAGAGUUUACGAAAGGCGACAUGUACUUUGCGUACACUUUCGAUCUCACCCGAUCUUUGCAACAUAAGCAAGAACAAUUUUUGAAGGCACAGAAGCAGCAUGAUCUCCUGGCUGGCCUUGGUGCCCUUCCAAGUCCAGAGAACCAAUCCCAUGUUCCUCUGAGUCCAAUGGACGGAAAAUUCCUGGCUUUAGUCGAACCUUACCCCUCACUUCCUCUGUGGAGACGAGUCGAUAAACAAUUUUGGUGGAAUGAAUGGAUGUCAAAACCCUUCAUAGAUGCUGGUUUACAUACAUAUGUUCUUCCCAUCAUGCAAGGAUACUGCCAGGUCACUAAAUUUAAUAUCCCAUCGAGUCCAGUCACCGUGGAGGAAGACGUCGACGUAGAUUACAUCCUCGUGUCACGAAGAUCUAGGUAUCGGCCAGGUUUGAGGUAUCAGCGACGUGGUAUUGAUGAGGGAGCACACGUGGCCAACUUUGUGGAGACAGAAACUAUUAUGAGAGUCGACACUGUCGUCAAUCUUGCGGAGCAAGCGGGAAAAGAAGGCGCCAUAACUCAAGCCUACAGAAAUUAUAUGCAUGAGUUAAAUCUGAAAGAGGCAACAUACUGCGAGUACGAUUUCCAUACAGAAACAAAGGGAAUGAAGUACGAAAAUAUAUCAACCUUGAUUGAAAGCAUGGAAAGGACGUUCGAGAGUCAAGGAUAUUUCUGGGUCUCGGACAAUGUCGUUUUCUCGCAGCAAAAGGGUGUUUUCCGUGUAAAUUGUAUCGACUGCUUGGAUAGGACCAAUGUCGUACAAUCUGCCUUUGCAAGAUACAUGCUCAAUAAACAACUGGGUGCUGUCGCAUUGCUCAAUCCUUCAAAUUCGGGAAGGACGGAUGCUGAUCUUGCUUUCAACGAUGUGUGGGCUAAUAAUGGCGAUGCUAUCAGCAGAGCUUAUGCUGGAACAUCUGCCUUGAAGGGUGAUUUUACAAGAACUGGAAAGCGAGAUCUCACUGGCAUGCUGAAUGACGGAGUCAAUUCUCUCGCAAGAAUGUACACAUCAACAUUUAGUGAUUGGUUUAGCCAGGCUGUCAUCGAUUUUAUGCUCGGCAAUCGGACGACUUCUGUGUUUUCAGAGUUUUUGCUCCAAUUAAAGUCGACGGAUCCGAGGGACCUCAUUCGGCUCUCAAAAAUACGUGCAGAGGCAAUUGCUACCUCAGUCUCCAGAGUGCUACCAGAAGGGGAAAGAUUGCUGUCUGGAUGGACGCUAUUUUCACCGGAAGAGUUGAAUACUAAAGUUGGCAUGAAGUUCGAAGAGAAGGUUUUGUUGUUGUCAGUGAAAGCCCUUUACAUUGUCAGCUAUGAUUAUACCCUGGAGAAAGUCAAACUCUAUACCCGUGUCCCUUUGGGAGACAUCAUAAGCAUCACCAAAGGCGCAUAUAUUCUUUCACCGCUAGAAGAAUCCAGCUGUGACCCGGAACAGAAUGCAGGUUUUGUGGUGACUUGGCUGAGCUCUAAUCAAGAAUCUCGUGUCACAAGCUACUCUGUGCGGAACAGUCUGGAUUUCUCGAACAGAAACGGUCCUCCAUCGCCACUUGGCCCACCGUCACCUUCAUCUCCUGGAUUCCCGUUAGGCAACAAGCCAGCUCGAGGGAGGAGCAACACGAUGCCUACUGCUUCACUGUCGAACAUUCUUACUGGGAAUGUGUCCUUCAGCACCGCAGGUGCGUCUGGAACAGUGAAUUUUGGAGCCUUCAAAGUGCUACCAAUCGAUCCUGGGCGGGUAAGAAGGCACUCAAGCUAUGGAAGUGAAGCGAGUGAUGGAGGCGGGGGCAUGUCGGACGAGAUGAGAGGAGCUGCCACUUGUCGUGAAGCGGUUGAUCUGAUCGUGGAGAGGAUUGAGAGAGCUUGCGGAGAUGUUGGAGGUGCGCAAGGAAAGAAUUUCAUCGUUUUGGAGGACGUCGUUAGUCUUGCCGAAGCUCAGCGGAUGACAAGUGUAUAUGCUAAGAUGGAGUACGGAGUCAAGAGGCUACUCUGGCUUGGAGGUUGA